CUAGCUAUUACUCGAGGAUAAGGUCUUAGUGUUACAGAAUAUCACUGACCACGAACAAGAUGAAGAAGAAGCUGCCUGAGCGGAUCCUGAAUCACAUCCUGGAGAUUCUCUACCUGCUGACGGGAGAGCGUGUGACUAACUCACUGACAGUGAGUCACAUGACUGGGGACAAGACGACAACAGAGAGGAUACUGACCCACACCCUGCAGAUCAUGUACCUGCUGACAGGAGAGGUGCCUAUAAAGUGUGAUGAUGUUGCUGUGUAUUUCUCUAUGGAGGAGUGGGAGUAUAUAGAGGGACACAAGGAGCUUUACAAGGACGUCAUGAUGGAGACUCGCCAAGCACUAAGGACUAUGGAGAUCCCAGGAAACAAGAGCUCAGAGCUAACAGGUCACAGUGAUAAACAUCUAGACACAGGAGCAUAUGCAGUACAGAAUAUUCAGCCAUCAGAUAUCUCUGCAGGAUUCCGAUUGCUAGUUAUGACCAAUACUGGUUCUUUGUUGUUUGUUUUCUUGUUGUUUGAACUAAUUGACAAAUGUUUUUCCACCUCGGACUACUUGUGCACUACAAGCAGGGUAAACCCUAUGCUUCACGUACAUUGCAAAAAAGUGGCUGAUAGAUCUGUAUUUGCCGGGGGAGGGAGACCCAGCCGUACUGCAGUUUGGUGA